UCGAAAAAUUAGGCAACCAUAAUUUUUAAUUAAGCUUUGAAGGAGAACAUAUAAAAUGGCACAAAAUAUGGAAGAAUUACUAGGGAUUCCAACGCUAUCAGGUUUUGGAGUUGACACCGGCCUGGACAUGGACUAUUUGAUGGGUGGAGGCGAAGAUCAAGGCGAGAAUGCAUCAGACCUAGGCUCAAGCGUCUCUGAUGAUGGAGACUCAAAUGAUUCUGGAGAAAAAGCCAAUAAAAAGAAGUCAGAAGGGACUUUUGCAGUACCAAUGAAGAGAGGGAUAUCCAGAAAAGGAGCUAAUAUGGGAUCAUCCAUGCCAAAUCAGAGAAGUUCUCGCUCAUCAAUCAAACUCGACUUAAUUGAUAUGGAGAGGUUCAUUAAAGAUAAUCCAAAUGUUGAGUAUAAGAUUCCUGUUCUUUUCAGGUCUAAGAAGGGAGGCAUCAGAUUCAGAAUGUCAGAGAUCCUGUACCCCAGAAACCCAAAGAUUAUCGAGGAGAAUCUGGAGUACAACUAUAAGCAGAUGGAAAAUAAGCUGCUUGAUUUAAAUAAGGAGGCAAAUUAUGAAAAUCAGAAGAAACUUAAAGAUGACUUGAAGCCAAGGGAAGAGAAUCUUUUAAAGGCGAUCAGAGAAAGCUCUAUAAGAGAGCUGUUAAAGGAUUAUAUCUACUUACAUUCAGAUUUAAGUUUGGCCUCUAACUACUCCAUGAUCAAGGAGAAGAAGAAGCAAGAUCUCAAGAAGAAGCAAUAUUGCAGGAACAUUCCAAAACUUAAGAGGGAUUUUAAGAGAUCUAGAAUGUUGAGAGAACUAGAUGAGAAGAAAAGAGAUGAAGAAGAAAGAAAAGAAAGAGAAGAGAAAGAGAAGUUAGAGAAAUCCAAGGCUAAAUUUACUCAACCUAGUGAAAAUGAUAUUCCAACAAUCACUUUUGCACUAAGGAAAGAAAAUUUGCUCCUCACUACUGCUGAGAGAGCUAAUGCACUCAAUGAAAUUUGCAAAGAUUUAAACAAGGAGAGUUUGGAAAAGGAUACCAAGAAAGAGCCAAUAAAUUUGACUUCUGAGGAGCAACAAAAAUUUGAAAUGAAACCUUUCAGAUGGAACAUCCCUGAUUUAACACCAGAGGAGCUUAAAGAUAUCAAAAGAAAUGCAGACACUUCUCAACUUUAUCCAAAAGAAGAAGAGAGUAAUGAUCAGAAUCUGAAGGACUUGACUGUAAAAUAUUUGAGUAACAUUAACCCAACCACUUGGGCUCCUCAAGUGACUAGUAACACUCCAAAUGAGGAGAACAAGGGUGAGCUUGAUGCCCAAAUGGAGGAGAAGGAUGAAGAUAACAAUUCAAAGAAUGAAGAUGAUGACCUCUUCAUGGCAGAUACCAAUAAAGAACAAAAGGCCAUAAAGGAUGAUUUGUUUGAGGACGACCCCUUUGCUGAGCAAGAUCCCAAGCAUGAUGACAUUGAUGAUGACUUCUUUGCUGAAGAAAAAGACAACAAAAAUUCUAAUGCAGGAGGGGGUUCAGACGAAGGAAUCUUUGACGAGAAGGAUGAUAAAGAAGAAAAUAAGGACCAAAACAAGCAGGCCAAGAAGGACACAGAGAAAGAAUUUGUUGGAGACUUCUUCACUGAAAAGCUUAAAUUUGUGCAUCCUAUGGAAAAGGAUUCAUCAAAAGAUAAAACUCCAAAAUCGUUUAGAUACUUUGGAGAGUUACAAGAUGUAGACUCUAUCUAUCAGAGAAAAUAUGACAAUAGGAGGAAUCUCAAGAAAUUCCAUAAAGAAAUAAAAGAUCCUGUGUUUAAAUCUGUCAAGAGUAAGGAAAAUACGACCUUGGUGAGGUCUCUGAGUCUUGACAAGGGAAGAAGCGAUGAUGUUAGCAAUAAGACUCUUUCUGAAAGAAUGAUCUUCAACAAUAUCUCUAUGUACAAGUUCAGAAAUAAAAAGCUUGAUGGGCCUCUGAAGCUUGGUCUUUUAACUGAAGGAAAAUAUGAGAUGAAGAACUCUUCAAAUAAGCUUGAGAAACUUGAGCUGGCCUCUGAAGUUGAUGCUAGAAGAAAAGCUUUCAAAUAUGAAUAUGUCGAGAAUAUGGACAGCCAGUAUGAAAGAGAUGUCUUGAGAAUUCUUAAGAAAAACACUAGCAAGAAGGAAAAUGAUAAAUAUGCAUUUGAAAUCCAAGAUCCAGAGAAAGCAUCAGACAAGAACAAAUCACCUAUUAUUCAGAAUACAGAAGAUUAUGACUCCAAAGAGCUAGAUGAAAUUAGCAGCAUUGACUCUGACACUAUUGAAGAAGAAAGGAAAUAUAAAGUGAGAGAUGGGGUAUUUGGAGGGGUUUCAAAUACAUUGACUAGUUCAAGCACGACAUCAGAUUUAUUGCAGCAUGCACAGUGCUUUAAAUUUGAGCACUUUGAUAUCGAGAAUUUUACCAGAUUCCAUAGACCUGACCUUGGAGAAACAUUUAAAGAGAUAUCUCAAGAGAAAGGAACUAACAACAACAAUGAGAUGUCUACUCGUGAAAAGCUAGCGAUGCAGAUAGCAGGAAGUAACUACGCUCUUGAGAAUAGACUGAGGAACAAAAUUUUGUCACUCCCGAUUAUUCUGUCAUGUAACAGAAGGCUAAAGAAAAAGCUGAAAAAAACUGGAAUCAGGAAUGCAUAUGAAUACUUCAGUAGUAGGUCCAAGCUCACUCUGAAACAAGGAAAGUUCUUGGUAUUUGAGCAUAUUGAUCAACACCCAUUGUUCAUCAAUAACUACGGUAUGGCCUCAAGGCUCAAGAGAUACGUUUAUUCAGAUAGCUUGCUACCCCUAAAAUAUUUUAAAGAACCUCCUAAAGGAAUGGCGCAGACCAGACACAUUGGAUACUAUGGGCAGCAAAUUCUUUUAAAAGAUGAUGACAAGUUACCUUUGAUCGGUCAAAUUGAUAGAAAGAAGUAUCAAGGAUUGGCUGUUUUAGAGAACAACAUGUAUAUUGCUCCAGUGACUUAUCAAAAGCCAAAAACUACCGAUUUUGUGUGAAUCACUCAUGUGAAUAACAAAGGAAAGAGAGAAAUGCAUUUAAGAGAGAUGAAGCAAAUCUAUACAGUCGGCCAACUUGAGCCAAAGGAAGAAGUCUUUGCUCCUCAAUCAAGGAACUAUAAUGUAUUUCUAAAGAAUAGAGUCAGAGCUUUUGCAUUAAGAUUGAUACAAAACAGACCCAGACAGAAGAUUAGUUUCUAUGAGAUGAGGAAAUGUUUCCCAAUCUUUAAUGAGCAAGUACUCAAGAAAACUUUGAAGGAUAGUCACAUCAGCGUCAAUAUGGAUCAAACAUGAUAUCUUUCAACAGAUCAGUCUAUUGAAGACUUGAUUAAGAACUUGAUCACUCCUGAAAAUACCUGUCAGUAUGAGUCAUGAGAGUUUGGAGUCAAUAGACUUUACAACCUUGGAAUCGAAAGGAUUACAAAUGCUAAUAAAAUUACCUUUGCUACUGAAAAGUUUUGCUCAGAAGAGACUGAUCCAUACUAUAAGAGAUUAGCAAUGAUUAUUAAGGAAGAAGUGCUAUGAACUCCAUGGAAUCUAUCUCAGAACUUCAUCAAUAAUCAGCAAAGCAACGGUAUGAUGACUUUGAAAGGAAUCGGAGAUCCUUCAAGGGGAUAUGGAGGAUACUCUUAUCUGAAAUUGCCACUCAAAAUGUCUCAAGAUUCUCUUAAUAAAGAAGCUGUUGCUUCCAAGAGUGUGACAGGAACAGAAGCCGAUCUGAGAACACUUUCAAAGGAGCAGAUCCAUGAAUAUCUUAUUGGGUUCGGAUAUGACAAACAGUUUGAUAUCAGCAAGAUUGGAAGAUGGGAUGGAGUAAAGAUUCUCAGAGACCACUCCUCUAAAGCAGCUUCCUUUGGAGUUGCAGGAACAUUUAAGAAAUUCGCUAGAGGGUCUAGAAUGACUUCUAAAAUGCAGAGAGAAGGCUAUCAAGACCAAAUAGAUGAAAUUUUUGAUACUCAACUAAAAUACAUUGCAAACCCAGAUCCAGAGAUAGAGUCAGGAUCAGAUAUCGAAAGUUCUAAAGAAGAAGAGGGUCUUAAAACUAUGAUGAAAGAUAGCGUUCAGAAAGGAAUGAAAAGCAGCCAGAAGGAAGCUGAAAGCAAAGAGAAUAACAAAGAUGAGAACAACAUGGGAGAUAUUAAAACAUACCUUGAAUCUGACAAAGUCAAAGACAUCAAUUCGAUCCAUGAUAUCCCAGGUUACAAUAAGGAGUUCAGAGAGAAUAUGAAAGACUUUGUUGACUCUUUCAAGGAAGGAAGUCAUGAAUGCACUGUUCUCAAGAAAGUGAUUACUUCGAUUAAUUCAAUAACCAACAAACCUGAGAAAAGGAUUGUGUAUAUCUUCGAUGAUAGACACAUCAAAAGUUUCAGGAAGAGAAUAGAAAAAUGCAAAGGCAAGAGAAGAAGUAAGCCAAAGAAGAACUUAAGAGAUACCAGUGUCUUCGGACUUUCUAAAUCGAAGAAUGAUAACUCAAAUAUCAGCUUCAGGCUCGCUCCUGAUGUUGAAGAAGGCGAUAUUGAAAGCUAUAGAAGUGGAUAUGAAAGCAGUAAAUUUAGCUUAAGAAAGGAUAAGAAAGAGAAUAAAAUUUCACUGAAAAUUAUUGGAGAAGAAAGAAAAGAAGAAGAUGACGACCAAGAUUACGGCAAGAUUUCAUUCCAGACUGGAGACGCAAGUGGCAGGAAUAAGAAAAAGGAUGCUCAAAAGAAACAAUCUAAGCCUAAGAAGAAUAAUGAAGAUAUAUACCUUAAUCCUCCAAAGAAGCCUGUUGCGUCUUCAAGAAGGAGGCAAAAUACUCCUUUGAGUCAACUUAACAAUGGAGUAUUUGUUAACUUGGUUGAUAGUUGCAUCACCUUUGAUAACACCAGAAUAUUCCACGAUCCUGUGAAGAAGGCAGAUUUCCCUACUUAUUAUGAAAUGGUGAAGAAUCCAAUAGAUCUAAACAAGAUCAAAUCCAAGGCUAAGAGGUGUGAGUACAUGUCUUUAGAAGAGUUUAAGAAGGAUAUGUACCUCCUCAAAACAAACUCUGUCAUCUUCAAUGGCAACGAUAGCUUUGUCACAAAGCAAGCAGAGCAUAUUUUAGAAAGGCUGGAGACCUUGAUUAAUUUAGAGAAGAGUGAGAUCGAGUCUCUCGAGCAGAAGGUUAAGGAAGAUAAGCAGCAGGAGGAAAAUUAAGCAUUGAUAUCAUUAUUAAUCUUGUAGAAAACUUUACAUUGU